UUCUCCGGGGUGUUUGAACAGGAAGGCGGACAUGUUGGCCGAGCUGUGUGAGAAAUUUGUGCACAGUAUGCGAUUGUUUUCCGAAAACUAACAUACAUCAUACUUGAUUUUUAAUUUAUAUUAUUUUUUAGUGUUACCAGCGUUUGGACGGGGAACAGUCAUUGACAGUGCACGGGACGUAGCGGAAGGACUACCGUAAACGUAGAAGCGACUCCGUGUUUAAACUUCGAAAUUUGGAAGAAGCAGAAGUUUUUUUCGCCACUACUUCUACUUUUGAGCUGUCAAAUUGUCGUUUUCUGCAAAGGGCCUGGCACAGAUAAAGGGACGGUCCAGGAUUAGUCAUUUCUCCAAACUGCUUAUUUUCAAGAAGAUAUUAUAGAGACUUUUUAAUUGCCUUUUGUUUAAACGUUUUAAGUCCUUAACCUCCUCAGUCAGUGGCAUCCUGCGGAGGUUGUCUAAUCUGUCGCCGCAUUUAUCUUUGACACUGAAGUUGUUUGCCGCUCAUACGGAGACAAACAUCUUCCGACGUCGAAAAUGUGGAAUGUUGAGUGCGACCUCAACGCCUUCAUUGUCUGUGAAAACUCGGGGACGACGAUGCAUUUUCUUUGAAGUGAGGUGUAAAGUUCACACGAAGAAAGGGACGUUUGGCUAGCUAAAAGCUAGCUAGCUGCCUCGCCAGUGAGCUGUUUUUGUUUAUAAUAACCCAACGUCGGGACUGAGUUUUGACAGCAAAAUGUCUUCAGCCGAAAGUAUGGUGGCUCGAUUUGAAACRAUCGAUGCCAUGUUGCAAGACCCCCAGUCGGAAAUAAACACGGAUUGUCUACUGGAUGGCUUGGAUGCUUUGGUGCAUGACCUUGACUUCCCUGCCCUAAGGAAAAACAAGAGCAUUGACAACUUCUUGAAUAGAUAUGAAGAAACCAUUAAAAAGCUUCGCAGUUUACGGAUGAAAGCAGAUGAUUAUGAGGUGGUUAAAGUUAUUGGAAGAGGUGCAUUUGGAGAAGUUCAGCUGGUUAGACACAAAGCCACUCGCAAAGUAUACGCCAUGAAGCUUCUGAGCAAGUUUGAGAUGAUUAAGAGGUCAGACUCGGCUUUCUUUUGGGAGGAGAGAGACAUCAUGGCUUUUGCCAACAGUUCAUGGGUGGUACAGCUCUUUUUUGCAUUCCAAGAUAUUCGCUACCUCUACAUGGUGAUGGAGUACAUGCCUGGUGGUGACUUGGUUAAUUUGAUGAGCAACUACGACGUCCCAGAGAAGUGGGCCCGCUUUUACACUGCAGAGGUGGUGCUGGCUCUAGAUGGAAUCCAUUCCAUGGGCUUCAUUCACAGAGAUGUAAAGCCGGAUAACAUGUUACUCGACAAAACAGGACACCUAAAACUCGCAGACUUUGGAACCUGCAUGAAAAUGAAGGAGGAUGGUAUGGUACGUUGUGACACAGCAGUGGGAACUCCAGACUACAUUUCACCCGAGGUACUGAAAUCUCAAGGAGGAGAUGGCUAUUAUGGCAGGGAGUGUGACUGGUGGUCAGUCGGAGUCUUUCUGUAUGAAAUGCUUGUUGGCGAUACACCUUUCUACGCAGACUCACUGGUGGGGACCUACAGCAAAAUUAUGAACCACAAGAAUGCUCUGACCUUCCCAGAUGACAACGACAUCUCCAACGAUGCCAAGAAUCUCAUCUGUGCUUUCCUGACUGACAGAGAAGUUCGACUUGGCCGUAACGGUGUAGAUGAGAUCAAGAGGCAUCCUUUCUUCAAGAACGACCAGUGGACGUUCGAGAACAUCCAAGAGACUGCUGCCCCUGUGGUGCCUGAACUGAGCAGUGACAUCGACACCAGUAACUUUGAUGACAUUGAGGAGGAUCGAGGAGAAGAGGAAACCUUUCCCAUACCAAAGGCCUUUGUGGGCAACCAGCUGCCCUUUGUUGGCUUCACAUAUUACAGCAACGAACAUCUUUCCCGCCGCUCCACUGCCACAAAGACCAGUGACAAACAUAGCAGUUCCACAAAAGAAGACAAGAGUCGCCUGGAGAGCCUGCAAAAGCAAGUCUACCAUUUAGAGGAGCAGCUCCACAAUGAAAUGCAGCUUAAAGAUGAGUUGGAACAGAAAUGCAGGACAUCAAACACCAAGAUUGAGAAGAUCCUGAAAGAACUGGAUGAAGAGGCAAACCAGAGGAAGAAUGCAGACGCAAACUUGUCUAUGCUGGAGAAAGACAAGAUCAUGCUGCAGCACAGGUUCACUGACUACCAAAGAAAAGCUGACCAGGACGCAGAGAAGAGACGCAAUUUGGAAAAUGAGGUGUCAACUUUGAAGGAGCAGCUUGAAGAUAUGAAGAAGAUCAGUCAGAACUCACAGGCCUCGACUGACAAGAUUCUUCAGCUGCAGAAUCAGCUGGAUGAGGCCAACGCCUUGCUGCGAGCAGAAUCGGACACGGUAGCGAGGCUGAGGAAAAACAACACGGAGUUGACAAAUGCUUCGAACCAUUUGGAAAGUUUGAACCGUGAGCUGCAGGAGAGGAGCCGUGCAGGAGAUGCAGUGAAGGCGCAGCUGGAGAAGGAGCUCCUGGUUCUUCAGAGCACGCUGGACUUGGAGCGCAGCAACUACAGCCAGGGCUCAGAGGAGAUGAGGGAGCUGCAAGCGAGAAUAGCUGGACUGCAGGAGGACAACAAAAACCUGAAGCUCAGCUUGUCCAAAGCUGAGGCAGAACGCAAACAUGCUCAGGAAAGGAGUAACAACCUGGAGAAGGAAAAGAACAGCGUGGAGAUCGACCUGAACUACAAGCUGAAGACGUUGCAGCAGCGUCUGGAGCAGGAGCAGACUGAACACAGAGUGACGCGGGCACAGCUCACAGACAAAUACGAGUCUAUUGAAGAAGCCAAAUCAGCUGCCAUGAAUGCUGUUCAGCAAAAGGUGGCAGAGGAGACUGGAGCAAGGAUGAGGGCAGAGAGCCGGGUGCUGGAGGUUGAGAAGCAGUGCUCGAUGCUGGAGUUCGACCUGAAGCAGUCUGUGCAGAAAAUGGAGCAGUUGAUGAAGCAAAAGGAGAGGCUGGAAGACGAGGUGAAAAACCUGCAAAUCCAGCUGGAACAGGAGUCAAGUAAACGAGUCCUGGUCCAGAGUGACCUGAAGAGCCGCAUGCAGGACGUGGACCGUCUGAGAUGUUCGGAGAAGCAGCUCAAACAGGAAGCCAACGCAGCCCUGGAGAGCAAACGCACUCUGGAGUUCCAGCUGGCGCAGCUGACCAAACAAUACAGAGGCAACGAGGGGCAGAUGAGGGAACUUCAGGACCAGCUUGAAGCUGAACAGUAUUUUUCUACACUAUACAAAACUCAGGUCAAGGAGCUGAAAGAGGAGAAUGAUGAAAGGAACCGGCAGGUACAAGACGCACAGAAAAGGGUGCAGGAUUUGUUGAGUGAAAGGGAUUCCCUGUCUGCUCAGCUGGAUCUGACAGUAACCAAGGCCGAGUCGGAGCAGCUUGCUCGCGGACUUCAGGAGGAGCAAUACUUUGAGCUCAUCCAGGAGAACAAGAAAGCAGCAGCCAGGCACAAGCAGGAGAUCGGGGAAAAAGAGGCAACUAUUGCUCAGCUUGAGGAAUCUAAUAAAACUUUAACCAAAGACGUGGAGAAUCUCAGCAAAGAGAAAGCAGAGUUAAAUGAGAAGCUUCGCGUUCAGGAGGAAGAAUAUGAAGCACAGAAGGAAGAAUAUACAAACGCGGUCAAAGCCAGCUAUGAAAAGGUCCUCUGUACAGAACGCACCCUGAAGAUUCAGGCGGUGAACAAACUAGCAGAGAUCAUGAACCGUAAAGACAUGAAGCUCGACCAGAAGAAGAAAGGCAGCACAGCGGACCUGAGGAAGAAGGAGAAGGAGAACCGCAAACUUCAGCUGGAGCUUAAUCAGGAGAAAGAAAAGUUCAACCACAUGGCCAUCAAAUACCAGAAAGAACUCAACGAGAUGCAGGCGCAACUUGCAGAGGAGUGCACGUAUCGCAACGACCUGCAGAUGCAGCUGGACAGCAAGGAGAGCGACAUCGAGCAGCUCCGAGAGAAGCUCAACGAUUUGCAACAACGAAUGGAAAAUUCAAGCAUCACCAGCCUGCAGACAGAUGAAACAGACAGUAAUAUUGCAGAAUCCAGACUGGAGGGUUGGCUGUCCAUUCCUAAUCGAACUAAUAUCAAACGAUAUGGAUGGAAGAAGCAGUAUGUUGUGGUGAGCAGCAGGAAGAUUCUGUUCUACAAUGAUGAGCAGGAUAAAGAGCAGUCAAACCCCUCGAUGGUACUUGAUAUUGAUAAACUGUUUCACGUGAGACCAGUCACACAAGGGGACGUGUACCGAGCUGACACGGAAGAGAUUCCCAGGAUAUUCCAGAUCUUAUACGCCAACGAGGGAGAGUGCAGGAAAGAUGCGGACAUAGUAGAGACGGUCCCUCAGGGCGACAAAACCAAUUUUCUCCAACACAAAGGCCACGAGUUCAUCCCCACGCUGUAUCACUUCCCUUCCAACUGUGACGGCUGCUCCAAGCCCCUGUGGCACGUCUUCAAGCCGCCUCCGGCCCUGGAGUGCCGGCGCUGCCAUGAGAAGUGCCACAAAGACCACCUGGACAAAAAGGAGGAUAUUAUGAGACCCUGCAAAGUAAACUACGAUGUGACCUCUGCCCGGGACAUGCUCCUGCUGGCCCUGACCCAAGAGGAGCAAAAGAAAUGGAUCGGCCACCUUGGAAAAAAGAUUCCUAAAACCCCACCACCCUUUACUAGAGCCUCACCUUUUAAUAUGUCUCGCUCUGGAACCAACCAGUCUAUCCGCAAGAACCCCAAAGGCAAUACGGGAAAGCUGAGCUAACCAUCUGAAUCAUUGGGAUUUUUGUGGACUCUAAACUUUUCUUCUUCUCAUCUACACAAAUGGAAAGCCUGUAUUAUAUUUAAAAAAUGUAUUCAAACUGAUAAAAACAAUAAAAAAUAUAUAUCCCUGGAAAACUGCACCACGAGGCGACAUGGAUGUGAAAAGGCCAACUUCCCUUCGUCCAUCAGUUUUUGUUCAAAGGAUAAACAUCAAUCCAGCUCAACAAACUUGCUAUUCUCUGUUUGAACCAGAAGAUGGCGCACUUGACUGGACUCCAGAUUAGACAACAGAGAGACUGAAGGACUCAUGUCAUGAAUGCAUUCUGUAUUUCAUAUUUUUUCCAGCAGGGGAGGAAAUGAAGUCGGAGGUUAUCUGGCCUCCUGUAAGUAUGUUUUCAGUUUAAGGUACUGUCAUACAGGGAUUGUGGAUCUGCAGAAAAAAAAAGUGUCUUGGAAGUGAAAAAUUAAUAUCUGUUAAGUCAUUUUUUUCCCCCAUUACUGACAGAGAAUUUGAGCUAAAUAGAAUUUUUGUUUCCAGCUAAAAAUGACUGAUGCCUUCAUCUAACAUCUCUGGCCUUUUUGCCUUUUUAAAAUCCCUUUUCAAGGCAAUUAUCAGGUUUGGGACGUGAAUAUCAGACGUUUUUUGAGCAAGGAGCAUGCAAGAUCAUCAUUUAAAUCUAUGCAUCGUUUUAUUGUGGUUAUUUUAUUGCUCCAAGCCAUAAGGAAAAUUCUAUUGUAAUGGCAUAUAGGAGUCAUAAAAGUAAAUGAAUAUGUUUUUUUUUUUGUUUAUUUGGUACAUUCUCUGUAAUAUAUAUUUUUCUUGUGUGAUUUUUUUUAAUGUAUUGCCUUACAGUGAUUCAUCGACAAAUGGCUCAAAAAGACAACAUUAAGUUAACAAAUAUAAAACUGCACUGUUUGACUUGACUGUAAAUAAUUUGUAAAAGACUAAACAGGUGUAGCAUUUGGCCCACCUUGUGCCUUAAUGUUUGCAUAUUAAUUUUACUGCCAUAUCGUUUUUGUUGCUGUUCCAACACAAGACAAAUAUUAAUGCUUCCAUUUUUUUAUAUGCCACACAUUUGUGGUUUUACCAGAACUGCCCCCCCCCCCCCAUUUUUGAACAGUAUAUUCAUUAGAUUACCUCUUCGUGAAAACUUUGCAAUAGACUGUAAGACUGUAUCCAAACAAAAUCCCAUCACUUGGUUCAUAUCGUAUGAAAACUUACUAAAACAAGAGUUUACGUAAAGCUAGUCUACUUGUGAGAAUAAUUAACAAUUACAAGUUGUUUGUUCAACAUGGUAAUAUCACAUUUAUGCAAAUCCCCUAAGUGUAUAAAGACAAGGAUAGCUAUGGAAUACUUCCACAGUCUUUGUGAUAUAAAUAUAUAUAUAUUUUUCAGUAAACAAAAAAAAAAGCACUGGAAAUAUGAUCUACUCUUGUCUCGGAUAAUUUGCAUGGUUAAAUUGCAUUGGAGUCCGCACUGUUGGAUAUGUCAAUAAACAUAUCUUUAUCAUU